AUGACGAGCCUUGGUCUUGGCCGUUCAUUUCCUGCCGGCGUUGGCCGGAGAUUAGGGCGGCUUCCGCAGAAUUCAGCCACCCCCAUGAGAAUCUCAUGUUCGACCUUUCUUCUCCCUAAUAAGUUUAAAAGGACGUACACUAGUGUGAUGAUAGUGCCAACUGGAGUAGGAGCGGCCAUUGGCGGCUACGCCGGAGAUGCUUUGCCAGUAGCUCGAGCUCUGGCCUCUGUUGUCGACUGCCUCAUCUCUCAUCCCAAUGUUCUUAAUGCAGCAAUGCUUUACUGGCCAAUGCCAAAUGUGAUAUAUGUUGAGGGCUAUGCACUGGAUCGAUUUGCUCAAGGCCUUUGGGCACUGGAACCAGUUCAUCAGAAUAAGGUGGGGCUAGUUCUUGAUUAUGGGAUAGAGGAAGAUCUUCGCCUUGGUCAUUUGCAGGUGGUGGAUGCAACAAGGGCUUCUCUUGGUCUGCCUGUUGUAGAAUAUACUGUCACAGAUGCUGCACUACAGGUGGAAAAGUGGGUUGACCUGAAAACUGGAAAGUCUACUGGUAGGAUAAACCGUCCUGAUUCCCUAUUGAGGGCUGUGGAGACGUUGGUGGAAAGGAGUGGCGUGAAUGCCAUAGCAGUUGUAGCUCGCUUCCCAGAUGAUGAUGAUGACGAUGACGAUGAUCUAGACAAGUAUCGGCAAGGAAAGGGAGUUGAUGUUUUGGCAGGCGUAGAAGCGGUGAUAAGUCAGCGAGCCCACAUUUAUGCCCCAAAUCAGCUGCGGAAGAGCGCCCCGCAGUACUCGUUAUCAGGGGAUUCGAGGAAUGGUAUAGUAGGUGGUGACGUGGACAGUGUGAUUCUGCCGAUUGAUGCUUGUGGAGGAGACGCAGCUCUCGCGUUUGGUGAUAAUGGUGUUGUUUGUUUCAGCCGCUUAUACUUGUGGUUGAAUAGAAUGAGACUGUGCUGAAUGAUACACCUGAGAAACUUGGGAUUUCAGCAGUGAAGGAGUGAUUGCAGCUCAUAAAGCAGGAAUCGACCUCAAUUCUCUCCGGAAACAUGGAAUCACUUUCAUACCAUUCACGUCUUCUUCAUAUGGAGUAUUUUUUAUAACAAUAGUUAUUAGGGAGGACAACCGAUUUGAACGUUACAUUACUACUACGACUAAUAUUCAGACCUCAUUCGUUAAUUUUUUUGUGUCCCAAUUAAAUUGAGU